AUGAUUUCCUUUGAGGAUUUCCUUCUUCAACCUUCGAAGGUAAUUGAUCCAUUCAACCGGUUCAUUUCAAAAAUUGACCCGUUCAUUAUGAUGGUUGAAUUUUGUCAAGUGAUUGGCCCUCGCCCACUUGCCGUCGUUUCAUCACGCGCGAAUGAUGAAGUGGCGAAUGUUGAUAUUAAUGAAAUGGCAAUUUGGCUAAUGUCAUCUGAUAUUUAUCCGGGUACGCUAAUCGUUCUUGAAAACAAUCAAACAGGGAUCUACGCUGCUGCAUAUUACUUCAACCUUUAUGACAUUCGUGCGAGAGCCUUUCAAAGGAAUCUCUGCAUAGCAUAUUUAAGCUCGGAGAAGCCUGGAAAAGAAGUUUUAGGCAUUUUCUCGAAAGCAAUGAGAAAAUUAGUGAGCCCGAUAUUGAUUUGCAAUCGAAAGCUUUUCAUAAGACAUGUAAUGGACAUUUGCAAAUUUUCCGAUACAAUUGAUGAAACAACACUUCAACAAUACUACACGUUACACGGCGAGCCUAAUAAAUUCCCAGAUGUUGGCAGAUUCAAUGUGGUUUUUGAGCAGACGCGUCUCCUAAAAAGUCGCUUCUUGACGAAAAAAUUCCAAGAUAUGAUUUUCGAGGAUGACAUUUGUACAGGACACAAUAUUGAGAAUUUAAACGAAGCUGAGGAAAUCAUAUGCUCAUUUCGGGUUCCGUCUGUGCCGUUAAGUCCUGUAGACACACUGACGCCAUGCGCCUAUCAUGAAAUAGUUCCAAAAAUGCGGAAUAUUCUAGCACAGUGUAAAAAAGCGCUGCCCGCAGGCGUUGGGGCCCUGUAUUCAGCAGGAAGGCCGAUUGCGAAAUUGCCAAGGGCUGAAGGAUACAGCACAUCGAGUGCAUCGCGACUUGAAAGCGAUACCGUUGACGGGGAAGAAACAUUAAGAGCUAUAACUUGUCACCUAGGAGAGGUUCUCUACCCAAUCCUAAGCGGUGAGGAUUUGGUAGUGUGUGGCAACCCGCAACGCCUGAGCACUGUCAACGAUAUGCUCCAGAAAUUGUCAACGAUUUGCCCGCAGUCGACCUCGAGAAUCAUUGAAACGCCACUAGAAUCGGACCCCCAUAAAAUUGGAAAUGGGCUUGGCGGCUUGCAAUGUACAAGGUCGGAAACUGGUAAAUUAGCGAGAUGGCGCCACAUUCUGGACAUGAAUCGAUGCAUCUUGAAAACUUUCGCUUAUGAUGGAUGUCUGCUCAACGGAUUAAAGAAGAAACGAAGGUUUCCCACCGACCGCAGCGUUAUCUACUUCGUCAUCGCUUAUUUGACAAAUCUCUGCUCGCUCGUCUACGUUUGUCGAUAUUGUCGAAACAACGAAUUGGUUCCGGAAUUUGAUCGUAUCGAACCGAACGUCACCGCCGAUGAUCGUCGCCUAUUAACGAAUUUACUCGUUUGUAUGGACUUUGAAAAGUUCAACACGCUUAAGACGUCGCCGUCGAAGGAUGCAGUGAAACCGAGCAAAAUAAUCAAUCUGUGA